ACUACCCACUCCCCCCUCCACUUAAACGCGCGCGCCCCCCCGCCCGCCUCUCCGUCCUCGGAAGCGCCGCCCACUCUUCCGUCCACGCCUAUCGCUCCUCUCCGUGGGUUCCCCCCGCGCAAGUUGUGCGCGCCAUGGAGAUGCAGCUCGCCGCCGUCCUCGCCUCGCUCGCCCUCGGCGGCGCGCUGCUCGUGCUCGUCUUCGGCAAGUGGUGGCAGCCGCUGGCCGACGCCGACAGGCGCGUCAAGGAGCUCGCCGACGCCGUGGAGGCGCUGCUGCAGCUGCGGUCCGAGCUGCUCAAGGUGGAGCCCGCGCCGCCGGAGUCGGACCAGCUGGCGCGCGCGUGGCUGCGGCGCGUGCAGGAGGCGCAGGACGAGGUCGCGUCGCUCAAGGCGCGGCACGAUGGUGGCCAGCUCUACGUGCUCCGCCUCGUGCAGUACUUCGUCUCCACGGCACCCGUCGCCGGGUCGGCCGAGAAGCAGCUCAAGGCCGUCCGCGCGCUCCGUGAGCAGGGCGAGGCGCUGCUCGAGGCCGCGCUGUCCACGCCGCAGGCGCCGCCGCCGCUGCUCCGCCAGCCGGAGGAGCUGGAGCUCCCGCCGGGGACCAGUCUCACGAGGCCCUACCUCAACGAGGCGCUCCGCUUCCUCGGCGACUGCGACGCCGCGCUCGGCGUCUGGGGCGCGGGGGGCGUGGGCAAGACCACGGUGCUCACGCACGUCCGCGACGCGUGCGGCCUCGUCGCGCCGUUCGACCACGUCCUGCUCGUGGCGACCUCCAGGGACUGCACGGUGGCGAAGCUGCAGAGGGAGGUCGUGGGCGUGCUCGGCCUCCGCGACGCGCCGACGGAGCAGGCGCAGGCCGCCGGCAUCCUGAGCUUCCUCAGGGACAAGAGCUUCCUGCUGCUCCUCGACGGCGUGUGGGAGCGACUUGACCUGGAGAGGGUCGGCAUCCCGCAGCCGCUCGGCAUGGUGGCCGGCCGGGUGAGGAAGGUGGUGGUGGCGUCGAGGAGCGAGGCGGUGUGCGCCGACAUGGGAUGCCGCAAGAAGAUCAAGAUGGAGUGCUUGAGCGAGGAGGAUGCGUGGAACCUGUUCGAGGCCAACGCUCGCGAGGAGACGAUCCAUCGCCACCCUCGGAUUCCUGCACUUUCAAGACAGGUUGCUUCAGAGUGCAAGGGCUUGCCUUUGUCCCUCGUCACCGUCGGCCGCGCCAUGUCGAGCAAGCGCACACCGAAGGAGUGGGGCGACGCGCUCGACGCCCUGAAGAAGACGAAGCUCUCGAGCGCGCCCGGCCCGGACAAGAUCGCUCACCCUCUAGUGAAAUUCUGCUACGACAAUCUGGAGAACGACAUGGCGAGGGAGUGCUUCCUGGCCUGCGCGCUCUGGCCGGAGGAUCACAACAUCUCCAAGGACGAGCUCGUCCAGUGCUGGACAGGGCUCGGCCUGCUCCCGGAGCUCGCCGACGUCGACGAGGCGCACCGGCUCGCGCACUCGGUGAUCUCCGUGCUGGAGGCGUCGCGGCUGGUGGAGCGCGGGGACAACCACCGGUACAACAUGUUCCCGUCCGACACGCACGUCAGGCUCCACGACGUCGUCCGCGACGCGGCGCUCCGGUUCGCGCCUGGCAAGUGGCUGGUCCGCGCCGGCGCCGGGCUGAGGGAGCCGCCGCGGGAGGAGGCGCUGUGGCGCGACGCGCGGCGGGUGUCCCUGAUGCACAACGGCAUCGAGGACGUGCCGGCGAAGACGGGGGGCGCCCUCGCGGACGCGCAGCCGGAGACGCUGAUGCUCCAGUGCAACCGUGCCCUGCCGAAGAGGAUGAUCCAGGCGAUCCAGCACUUCACAAGGCUGACCUACCUUGACAUGGAGGAGACCGGCAUCGUCGACGCGUUCCCGAUGGAGAUCUGCUGCUUGGUCAACCUGGAGUACCUCAACCUCUCCAAGAACAGGAUCCUGUCGCUGCCGAUGGAGCUGAGCAACCUGAGCCAGCUCAAGUACCUCUACCUGCGCGACAACUACUACAUCCAGAUCACCAUACCGGCCGGGCUGAUCUCACGGCUCGGGAAGCUGCAGGUGCUCGAACUGUUCACCGCGAGCAUCGUCUCCAUCGCGGACGACUACAUCGCGCCGGUAAUUGAUGAUCUUGAGAGCAGCGGCGCGCAGCUGACGGCGCUGGGCCUGUGGCUGGACAGCACCAGGGACGUGGCGAGGCUCGCGAGGCUGGCGCCUGGCGUGCGCGCCCGGUCGCUCCACCUCCGCAAGCUGCAGGACGGCACGCGGUCCCUGCCGCUGCUGUCCGCGCAGCACGCGGCGGAGUUCGGCGGCGUGCAGGAGAGCAUCAGGGAGAUGACCAUCUACUCCUCCGACGUCGAGGAGAUCGUCGCCGACGCACGCGCGCCGAGGCUGGAGGUGAUCAAGUUCGGGUUCCUGACGAAGCUCCGCACCGUGGCGUGGUCCCACGGGGCGGCGUCCAACCUCCGGGAGGUGGCCAUCGGCGCGUGCCACGCCGUGGCGCACCUGACGUGGGUGCAGCACCUCCCGCACCUGGAGUCGCUCAACCUCAGCGGGUGCAACGGCAUGACGACGCUGCUGGGCGGCGCCGCGGACGGUGGCAGCGCGGCGGGUGAGCUGGUGACGUUCCCGCGGCUGCGUCUGCUGGCGCUGCUGGGUCUGCCCAAGCUGGAGGCCAUCCGCGGCGACGGCGGGGAGUGCGCGUUCCCGGAGCUCCGGCGCGUGCAGACGAGGGGUUGCCCGCGGCUGAGGCGCAUCCCGAUGCGGCCGGCGGCGAGCGGGCAGUGCAAGGUGAGGGUGGAGUGCGACAAGCACUGGUGGGGCGCGCUGCAGUGGGCGAGCGACGACGUCAAGUCCUACUUCGCGCCCGUGCUGAUCUGAACAAAACAACGUCGUCGUCGCUGCAAUCUCGCCGCGCCGUGCCGCGCGUGCGUGCAUCCGAUUUUCCGAUGCAGAGGUUGAAGUUUUGGAGACGUGCUGAUCUGUUAGGGAAGGAACGUCGGGGGAAAUUUGGUGACUGUUAAUUUGGAUUAUUUUUCAUUUUCCUUUAAAUUUGGGACGGUUUCUUUUGAACAUCUUGUGUUUCGUUGCCAAAAGGAAAACUCAACCGCUGAACAUUGCACUUCUUUCUUUGUUUUGCUCAAACUAUAUCCUAUGCUACAAACAAGCAAACUUGAAUAUCUGAUAUGUUCAUACUA